CUGAGAAUAUUCCAAAAAAUGGAAGGUGAUGUUAAUUGCGUUGUAUGGGAUGCAUCAUUAGUUCUUGCUAAGUAUCUUGAAACAAUGUGUCAGACCAAACCAGAAUUUUUAAGUGGCUUAAGAGUACUGGAAUUGGGUUCAGGGCUAGGUGUUGUUGGACUUACUGCAGCUACAUUAGGGGCUCAAGUAACACUAACUGAUUUACCAGAAGCUCUGCCAUUGCUCCGAUUGAAUUUAUCUGAAAAUAAAUCGAAAAUCGCAAGCAUGGGAGGAUAUGCUAUAGCCGAGUCCUUAGUAUGGGGUGAUAAAAAUUCUGAAAUUCAUAAACAAGAGUUUGAUAUGAUUGUUUUAGCUGAUUGUGUUUACUAUGAAGAUGCAUUGCUACCUCUAAUAGAAACCCUGCAGUGUUUAAAUCACACACUGAAACAGAAGCCCACAAUAUAUUUAACACAAGAACUAAGAGAUUCUGAGAUACAGAAAAAGUUAUGGAAUGACUUUUAUGAAAAACUGAAUGAGUACUUUUAUAUUGAAAAAAUUCCCGAGGAACAGCAGCAUGUCAACUACAGAAGUCCCGAUAUACUCUUGUUGAAAAUAAUAAAGAAAUGA